UGUGGUGGUAGUAGCAGCAGCAGCAGCGGCGGCGGCGGCAGUGUGCAGUGAGGCUUUCGCGAGGAAGGGUGUUGUGUCGUGUGGUCGGAGCGCUCCACAUUUCGCCGGUGUUUUUGUUGUGAUUCUGCGCAGUCCUGUGUUGAUCUUGAUCUUGGUCGUCGGCAGCAGAAGUUUGACUCCAUGGCAAUGAAGAGAAGUUUCGACUCGAUGGAGUCCGGUGCGGGGUCUUCGUCCGGUUCUGGCGGCUCUGGUUCGGGCCUGGUCGUCGGCAUCGACUUGGGGACCACCUACUCCGUGGUCGGCGUCUGCAGGAAAGGGCGCGUCGAAAUCUUCUGCAACGACAGUGGCAGCCGCAUCACACCCAGCGUGGUCGGCUUCAUGGGCGGGCAGAUGUUUGUCGGGGACGCGGCCAAAGACCUGCCAGCCGUCAACCAAGUGUACGAUGCCAAACGGCUGAUUGGACGCCCAUGGAUUGACGUUUGUGAUUUUAGAAAGAGGCAUUGGCCAUUUACCUUGGUUGAAAAGAAUGGAGAGGCCAAAAUCAGAACAUUUGUCAACGGCUCAAAGAAGGACUUCUGCCCUGUAGAGAUAUCUGCCAUGGUUUUGCGUGGGUUAAAAGAAAUAGCUGAAGGAGUCCUGCAGGAACGUGUCACCAGGGCUGUAGUGACAGUCCCAGCAUAUUUCAACGAACGCCAAAGACAGGCGACAAAGCUUGCAGGUACAGUUGCAGGGCUUGAAAUCAUUGCCAUGAUAAAUGAGCCCACUGCAGCUGCUAUAGCCUACGCUCUGGAUAAAAAGAAAAGUGGCCAAAGUGAAAGUGACAAGAAAACAGUUUUUAUCUACGAUUUAGGAGGUGGCACUUUUGAUGUGAGUGUUUUGACGGCUGCUGGGUCGGAGUAUACAGUGUUGGCAUCUGAUGGCGACACCAACUUAGGGGGCCAGGACUUUGAUGAGAGGUUGCUCCACCAUUUUAUAGAGGAAGUGCGCACAAAGCACGGCGUCAACUUAGACCCUACUUCAGUACAGGAACUGAGGAAGGUGUGUGAGCUGGUAAAGAGAAAGUUGUCCACGUUAGCAGAGGUGCCCAUAUCCCAUUUCUUCAGUCGGCACAACUUAGCAUUCAAGAGCUCAAUAACACGAGCCCGUUUUGAGAGUCUGAUAAUAGACUUGCUAAAGAAGACUCUUAUAACAUCAUCUAAAGUGAUCACAGAAAGCAAGCUGCAGCCCGGCGACAUCGACGAGGUGGUGCUGGUGGGGGGCUCCACCCGCAUCCCCAAGGUGACCUCCUUGCUGAGGGAGCUGUUCGUGGACAAGGAGCCACGGCGCUCCAUCAACCCGGACGAGGCCGUGGCGUUCGGCGCGGCCGUGCACGCCGCCACCCUGAGCGGGGACAAGUACUUCUCCAACCUGGUGAAGCUGCGCGACGUCACGCCACUGUCACUUGGCAUCGACACGGUCGGGGGGCUGUUCUCCCCCGUCAUUCCACGAAAUACACCCGUGCCGUGCGAGCGGACCAGCCAGUUCAGCAACGCGCACGACUACCAGACGGCUGUCAACUUCAAAGUGUUCCAGGGAGAACGUCCUCUUAGCAAAGACAAUUAUUAUCUGAAGAAAGAAUUCUCUGUCAGCGUACCUCCAAAGCCAAGAAAUGAGAAUAAGCUUGAUUGCACUUUCAAUCUAGACGCAAAUGGUCUGUUGACUGUUUGGGCAAUUGACAAAGAGACUGGGAACCGAGGCCAGGUCACAAUUAAUCCGAAGGAUGCAAAAGUUAGUGAGAAAGAGCUUGAAACUAUGCUCAAAAACGCUCAAAAAUUAAGAGAUAUGGAUCAGAAAGCGAAACAAAAAUUGGAGAAUGAGUACAAAAGGCAGUGUUUGUAAAGUUGCUGUCCUUUGUCCUGUCUAUUUUAUUUUAAGGUUUACGCGAAGCCUUUGGAACUCAAAGGCCUUCGUGUGAAAUACUGUCAUAAUAAUUUGUUUCUUUCAUAGCCAUGACAACAUGGUUGGUAAUUGUAUACUUCUUCAAGUGACAGUAUUGUGAGAUUCACUUCAAUUUGUUUCUUUAUAGUAUAACCAUGGUCUCUGUCAGUAACUGAAGAAUUUUCAUCCUUUUGUUGUCAAAUCUUUUAUAACUUGAUGUAUUUGUAAAUAUUAUUGUGAGUGUUUUACUUAGAGUAGGUGAUGCCCACAUUGUUAUUAAACAUGUCAUUUUAUGACCGAAAACCCC